CUUGCCCUUCUUAACAUGGAAGCUGUGUUGAGAGAGCUCCGCCCAGGGCAGGAAGGGGAGGAAUGCGAGUGGGAGUAGGAGGAGGCAGUCUGGAGGAGGGGGAGGCGUGUCCAGUGGGAAGCGGAGGAAGGACGUAGCUUGUGAUUGGUGGGUGGCGGCCGGCCGGGCCCCUGCAGCUGUUCUGUAAGUAGCUGAGGUGCUGCCGGCCCCCGAGUAUAAUGUGAGCUAGUAGAGGCGCUGGGCAGCUAGUGCAGCCGGGAUUCUGACUUUGCAGCGACUGCGGCAGCAGCAGAGGCGCGCUGUGCAAGACUGGGAGGAGGUGGCGGCGGUGACAGGGGUAGCGCAGGGAGGAGCUGCCGCUGCCCAAACCUGAGGGAGGGAGUAGGAAGGGAUUUAGCUGCUCGGCUUGGCCGGCCUCAGUCUCUGGUGUCAGGCAGUCCUAGAGCUCGGAAUGAGAAAGCGGAACGAGUCGGUUGCCUUGGAGCAUGAGCGCUUCGCUGCCUCUGCCUCCUCCUCAUCUUCCUCCUCCUCUCCCUCUUCCCCUGCUACCGCUGCAGCGCUGGACAAGGAUUGUCGCCUGAAGAAGAACCUGCGUCUGGCGGGCAAGGGGACAAAGGAGCUGGGCUCCUCCUCCAACGCGGGCAUGAAGCGGGCGUUCGGCAGAAGAAAGGGAUUGUGGUUUCGCUUGCGGAAGGUAUUUCUAUGGUCGCUGGCCUUGUAUGCUGCUAUUCCAUUCCUUGUAAAACUCUGUCCUGGGAUACAGGCUAAGCUGAUUUUCUUGAAUUUUGUGAGGGUUCCCUACUUUAUUGACUUGAAAAAGCCACAGGAACAAGGCUUAAAUCACACCUAUAAUUACUACCUCCAGCCAGAAGAAGGAGUAACUAUUGGAGUCUGGCACACAGUACCUACAGUCUUAUGGAAGAAUGCUCAAGGAAAGGACCAAGCAUGGUAUGAGGAUACUUUGGCUUCCAACCAUCCUAUCAUUCUUUAUUUGCAUGGAAAUGCAGGCACUAGAGGAGGAGAUCAUCGAGUGGCACUAUACAAGGUUCUGAGUUCCCUUGGUUACCAUGUAGUCACCUUUGAUUACAGAGGCUGGGGUGAUUCAAUAGGAACGCCAACAGAACCGGGAAUGACCUAUGAUGCUCUACAUGUUUUCGACUGGAUAAAAGCAAGAAGUGGUUACAAUCCUGUGUAUAUUUGGGGCCAUUCACUGGGCACUGGAGUUGCAACCAAUUUAGUAAGGCGCUUAUGUGAACGAGAAACUCCUCCAGAUGCCCUCAUAUUGGAAUCUCCAUUCACAAACAUACGUGAAGAAGCAAAAAGCCAUCCGUUUUCUGUGGUAUAUCGAUACUUUCCUGGAUUUGACUGGUUCUUCCUUGAUCCCAUCACAAGCAGUGGAAUUCGAUUCGCAAAUGAUGAAAAUGUGAAAUACAUAUCAUGCUCCUUACUUAUUCUUCAUGCUGAAGAUGACCCCAUCGUGCCAUUCCACCUAGGAAGAAAGCUCUAUAACAUUGCAGCGCCAUCGCAGAGCUUCCGGGACUUCAAAGUCCAGUUUGUGCCGUUUCACAGGGAUCUUGGCUACCGGCACAAGUACAUAUACAAGAGUCCAGAACUACCUCGAAUCCUGAGGGAAUUCCUGGGAAAAUCAGAACAUGAACAUCAUCGCGAGCUCCGCCACUGAGGCCCGGCUGUGUGGACGCAUGAAGAUCUCUCCCCCCUCCCCGUCCUUUCUUUUCCUUUGGAUCAGUCCACAGUCCUGGACACCGGCGGCGGCCGCGGAGUGUGGCGCUCGGCCUCUGCGUCGCUCAGGACCCCCAGCUUGUCAUCGAGCUUGCCCCGAGAGGCCUCAAAGUGAUGUUAGCAGGUGUGCGUAGCCCGGGAAGAGCAGGAGGAAGCCUCCCAGAGCCAUCCCCACCCCGACGGACCUGCGCAUGCCAGCGAGCCAGUGGCCAAGCCGCGACCUGGCGGGAGCUCCGCCUCCCCCCUCGCGGCCCCGCCGGCACUUUGUCCAUCCUACUUCUGGAGACUCUGCUCUCUCCUCACUUCCUCUAGACUGUUACUCAUGAGGCGAAAGGGAUGUGGGGCGUCUCCGAACAAGGCCUUCAGCCUCUCCCCGGAGGGAGCGGUUGAGGUGGGGGGAGACUCGGAAAUGAAGGAUUUCUUUGGAGUUCUUUCUAUCCCUUCCUCGUACCCCCAUAUGAACUUUGGAUGGUUUAUGACUGCUCGCCCCAGCCAUACUUGCACUCCACGGCCACCGCCCUCUUGGUGGUACCUUUGCUAAUUAAUCCACGAUGGUUAUUAUGGUGAUUAUUAUUUGUAUUUCUCUCAAUUUAUUUCUCCCUUAUUUCUCUCCCAUUCUUCAAACUAACCUGGGUCUAGACUGAGCAUUAUUUAAAAAAUAAAAUAGUGGUGGUCAUCUGUCUUCUUUUUCCUCUGCAAACCAGGAAAAAUCCACACUAGCACAUUGAGGAGAGGCAGACAAGUCUGUGCCUCAUACAGAGUACAGCGUCCGGGAGACCACUGUGCCCGGCCUUAGCUGAAGGGGCUUCCCCAGGGGCAGGGCUUCAGGCCUGUCUGUCUGUCUCUGUCUGCCUACCACGCGGGCCAGACGUGGUGAGUGAAUGUGAAUGGAAUUUUCUGAUGGUCUUCCUCCUUUCUCUUGCCUUGGGCGAGACUCCAAGAAGCCGUUCUGCAGCGGGACAGCGAUGCUCCAGACCUCACAGUGAUGUUGGUUCCACACAAGGAGAAAUCUCAGCCUCAGGCACAGAAUGCCCACCCCUGCCGACACUUUAGAGUAGCAGGAGCACAUAGGCCCGGAGGGGAGCCCCAGCUACAGGGCAUAGGAUCAGCUCAAUGAAUUUUAUGCCAUAAAAAGGUGGAGGAUAGUUUUAACCCGUGCCACGUAGGAGCUGCGCCACAGAAAGGCUCCUUCUUGGAGUUAUUUAUUGCACUGAUAGAGGUGUGGUUUGGCUUUUUAAUGUUUUGUACAACCCAGUCCAUAUUCCAUGAGACGCUGUUGCUUUCAUUAGACAUCUAUCAAAUUCAACCUUCCCUGAGAAUAUCCUCGUCCUCGUCCAUCUUCUCCGGUUAACAAAAGACCAGAUUCUCCAAAGCACGAACCGGAUACUGUUUGUUUUACUUGUGACCUACAGUUCCAAUCAUUAGGCCAGUGUUGUGCAUUAAAAGUGAAACAUCUCAAAAGAAAAGAAAUGCAUCAUUUUAAUAAAGUUGCCUUUGGAUCACUCCA